AACACUUUUGAAAAUUGAAUUUUAAAAAUAAAUAUUAAAAUACUGAUAAAAGAUAAAAAAUUAAUUUAAUUUUCCGAAGUUUUGGUUCGAAUUGCUUUAAAAUGUUCCGUAAUUUAUGUAUUUCUGAUCCUGAAUGACGCAGUAUUAUUCCUAAGUCACCAUGGGUUCAAGAAAGGAAAAGGAAGUUAUAGCUAUGCUAUUGGAUAUCGGCAGGAACAUGAAAAAACUGUACGAUUCCCAGAAAACAUAUUUAGAAUCUUCGAAAGAAUGUAUUUCAAGAAUUGUGGAACGAAAACUUUUCAGCGAAUCGGUGGACGAAUUAGCGCUUAUUGUGUUUGGAAGUGAAAAAACAAACAAUAGAUUAGCUUCACAAAAUGGAGGAUAUGAAAAUAUCGAUGUUUUAUCGGCACACCUGUCGGUAGCAAGUUGGGAUUUAUUGAAAUACGUAAAGGACCUUGAAACGUCUUCUGUUACUGCAGAUUGGAUGGAUGCACUUCUCGUCGCUGCUGAUUAUAUUAAAAAUGAAACCGAGAACCGAGUUUUCAGCAAGUACAAGAUUGUCGUUUUCUCAAAUUUCGAUUCAGUUGUAGACGAGUUUAAAUUCGAAUCUGUUAUUCAAGCUCUGAAUGAUAAAACAAUUGAAUUGGUUGUAAUAGGACCUGAUGUUCAACAAGAAGAAAACACUCCUGGUGAACAAAAAUCAGAAUCGCAAGUUGACGGAGAAAUAUUAAUUUCCAAUGUUGUCGAUAAAGUCGAAGGCAGCCUUAUCUGUUCAUUCAGCGAUGCUCUCGGCGAAUUAAUGCAUGUACAGCGUAGAAGUGUAAAACCUACACCCUGGAACGCUUUAUUUACCAUUUCGAGUAAAAUUAAAAUACCCAUCAGCGCUUUUAAAAAAACAGACGACAUAAAACCGAUGAAAUGGACAUCGAAAGCGGUAGAUGAUCCGAAUGCUGGAGUUAUUCGUGAACGCGCUCAUAUGAAAUACGAUAAACAAAACGAUGUAGAAGUUGAAGUACCUCAGGAAGAGACCGUCAGAGGUUUUUUAUUUGGUUCUACGGUUAUACCGUUUGGAGAAUCGGAAGAAAGCAUGGGUUAUAAAAGCGGUCCGAAAGGAUUAUAUUUGAUAGGCUGCACAUCCCAACAGAGAGUUCCUUUACAUUUACUGACCAGCAAAUAUUGCUAUAUUGUUGUGGCUAAAUUAGGCGACGAUGUUGCUAAUAAAGCGUUGAAUGCUUUUAUCGAAGGAUUAAAAGAGCAAGGCUCUGUGGGUAUCGCGCGAAGAGUUUAUAGUGAAAAUUCUUCUGCUGCGGUUGGUGCUUUGUUUCCGGUGAUUACUGAAGAACACCGAUAUUUAGUCUAUUCGGAACUUCCCUUCGCUGAAGAUGAACAUAUUUUCAAAUUCCAUAGUUUGUCAAAUGUAGAUCUUAGCGAAGAGCAGUUACGUGCUGUCGAUGAUUUAAUCGAUGGAAUGGACUUGGAUGAAACAGAAGAGCAUUCAGAGCUGUAUGAAUUGACUAGCAUUUACGAUCCUCGCGAGCAACAUGUUUUACGUUGUAUCACUGAAAAAGCUAUUCAUCCGGAUAGACCCCUCGAUGAUGAUUUAUCAUCUGCCGAUGUCAUUAAACCAUUACCUCAGAUUAUCAAAGUCGUAGAACCCACCUUGAAAAGAAUCAAAGAUUUAUUCCCUUUGCAACUUGUUGAACCGAAGAAAAAGAAAUUCAAGAAUUUUUCGUCAGACGAUUCUAAACCACUGAAUGGUGAUGUAAAACCCGACGUUGCAUCUUCAAGCUCUGCGAUUAAAAUUGAUCCAGACAACGCAGCUGAAGAAUUUACUGCUCUGUUGAACGAGAAUAAACCGUUGCGUGAGGUCAACGAGCAAAUGCAGAUUAUUAUUGAAAAAUUAGUAUCGAAUUCGAAUGAUAAUGGUCAGAUUAUAAAAGCUUUGAAAGCCUUCCGAGAUAGUUGCAUUUCUAAAGAUUUUAAAUCUUAUAACGAAUGCAUUACUAACGUGAAAAACAUCGUCGUUGAAAAUGAAAAUUCAGCAUUAUGGGAAUUAAUCGAGAAAGAAACGUUAGGAUUGAUCCCCAAAUCAGAAGCAGACAGUAGCGAUGUAACAACCGAGGCAGCUGAAGAAUUCAUGAGAAUUCCAAGUAAAGAAACAGAUAGUUUAGGAUAUGGUUCACUAGAUACUGGAACAGGCUCCACAAUGGAUUUGCUGGAUGAAUUGUGAGCGUUACUGCUGAAAACUGAACCUCGCAGUGAUGUAUUAAUAUUAUUCAACCUCGCUUGAGUUUAUACAUAUUCAGUCUUUGGAUUUGGUUUUAUUGUUUUUAUCACAUUUUUUUGUUUAAUCAAUUGGGUUUAAUUUCAGUAUUCAACUAACGUACCGAGUGGACAGAAAUAUCGUAAACCCCUAAAAAAGUUUUCUGCUAAAUUAAGCUAAAUAUUUCGGUUGGUCACAGUGAAUGAUAUUGAUGAAUGAUGAUAGCAUAUGAUUGGUUGUUUGACUGGAUUGAGAUGAUCACUUUCCACCAACCAUAAUAUGCAUAAAUUUCACGUUGCCAAUCCAUUUUUAAUGAAAAACUUUCUCUGAGGUUCACGAUAUUUCUGUCAUUCUGUCCACCCUGUAUUACAUGAGUUUGUUUCCUACUAAUAACGGUGUUCCUCCUAUUCGUUCCUUUUUCAAGUUCAUUGUUUUUGAAAUAAAUAAUGAUGUUUUAAAAUCUUAAAAA